AUGAGUCUACUAGUGUGGAACAAUCGCGAGCUUGGGAACCUAGUGACAGAGAAAGAGCUUGGUGAGAUUUCCCGGGCAAAAGAUCCCUCUGUCAUGUUCAUUGCCGAAACAUGGGCAGAUGAAGCAAGGCUAAAAUCUAUAAAACAAUGGUUACAAUUCGAUCACAUGUUUAUGGUCCCUCGGAUUCAUAGAGGUGGGGGACUCGUGCUAUAUUGGAAGGAGUCUAUCAAGCUGAAUGUGGAAACUUCAUCAAAAAACCAUAUUGAUUGUAUCAUAGGGAAGGGAAGUGAAGAUGCGUGGCGGUUUACAGGAUUUUAUGGCGAGCCUAUUACCCAUAGAAGAUUUGAGUCUUGGGAGUUACUGAGACAUUUGAAUAGGCAAUAUGGCUUACCUUGGCUGUGUAGUGGGGACUUUAAUGAGAUUUUGAGAGGAUCGGAGAAGAUGGAAGGGAGGACAUCUGUUCACAUGGAAGAAUUUUUUAGUGAUGGGAGAACAAUUACAGAGAGAUUGGAUAGGUGUUUGGCCAAUAACGAGUGGUUGGUUCGAUUUGAGGGUUCUAUGGUGCACCAUUUGGCUUGUAGCACCUCAGAUCAUUCACCCUUGUGGAUCUUACCCGAAAAUCUGGUGGUGACUAAUUCAGAGAAGCCAUUCCGGUUUGAAGAGAUGUGGUUGGCGGAGAAAGGGUGUACAGAGACUGUUAAGGCCGAAUGGGGGAAGUGCAGAAACAACACCAAUAAUCCAUCGAGCAUUGUCGGAAAAAUUGAGAAUUGUGGUAAAGCUUUAACAAAGUGGAGCCGCAAUUGCUUUGGUAGUGUCCGAAAAGAAUUGAAGCAUAAACAAAAACUAUUGGCUCAAGCAGAACUGGAAGCUCUUACUACGGGAGUGAAUUUUAGAGCAAGAAUGCUCAAAACCGAGGUCAAUGAUCUUCUUGACAAGGAAACAAGGAUGUGGUUCCAGCGGUCUAGAUCUCUUUGGGCUGUACAUGGAGAUAAAAAUUCGAAAUACUUUCACCGGAGGGCAUCCCAAAGGUUGAGGAAGAAUUGGAUUGAUGGGAUCAAGGAUUCACAAGGUAGGUGGUGCUCGGAUCCAAUUGAGGUGGCUGCGGCUAUUCUAGAGUUUUAUAGUAAUCUAUUCUCAUCUCCCCAUACUUGCCGACCAGAAGUGGUUUUGGAUUCAAUUCAGUGUAUUGUGUCUAAUGAUAUGAAUAGGCAGCUCUUGGAGGAAUUCUCAGAAAAUGAAGUUCAUAUGGCUCUCAAUCAAAUGGCCCCUAUGAAAGCUCCGGGUCCAGAUGGAAUGCCCCCCAUUUUCUAUCAGCACUACUGGGAUUUGAUGGCUUUUGAGUCCCUUCAUAGUAUGCAAAAUCAUAAUUCUACAAGGGGGGGUUACAUGGCUCUUAAGCUUGAUAUGAGUAAGGCGUAUGAUCGGGUGGAGUGGGUUUUUUUGGAAGCUAUUAUGAGGAAAUUGGGGUUUCAUGAGAAUUGGAUUUCACUUAUGAUGCUUUGUAUUUCAACUGUAUCGUAUUCCAUCCUUAUUAAUGGUGCACCAACGGGGUUCAUUAGACCAACAAGGGGAAUAAGGCAAGGAGACCCCCUCUCCCCGUUCUUGUUCUUACUAUGUACCGAAGGGCUCCAUGGCUUAAUCUCUCAAGCAUCCUCGAGAGGAGACAUUCAUGGAUUCUCUCUUUGUAGGAGGUGUCCCUCACUAACCCAUCUACUUUUUGCAGAUGAUAGCCUAUUAUUUUGCAGAUCAAAUGUUGAGGAAUGUCAGAAAGUUAUGGAAGCGUUGCAAGUUUAUGAGGUUGGUUCGGGGCAACAACUCAACAAAGCAAAAACCACAGUUUUCUUUAGCAAGUCCACCAAUGAAGAAAAUAGACGGUUGAUUAAAGAAUGCUUGGGGGUGGAAGAGAUUAGGAGUUAUGAGAAGUACUUGGGGCUACCAUCCUUAGUGGGGAGAAAUAAAAAAAUUAGUUUCAACUACAUAAAGGAGCGUGUUUGGCGGAAGCUUCAAGGUUGGGAAGGAAAAUUACUUUCUCAAGCCGGUAGAGAAAUCUUGAUAAAGGCGGUGGCCCAAGCAAUCCCCACCUAUUCAAUGAAUUGUUUCAAGCUUCCUGUUGGUUUGUGCAAUGAGAUUGAGGGGCUAAUUAGGAAGUUUUGGUGGGGUCAAAGGGGGGAUAGGAGGAAAAUACAUUGGGUAAGAUGGGAGGAGCUUUGUAAACCUAAGAGUGAGGGUGGGAUGGGCUUCAAGGACCUUGCAUUAUUCAAUGACGCUCUCUUAGCAAAACAAGCUUGGAGAUUACUCCAUAACACUAAUUCCCUCUUCUAUAAGGUCUUCAAAUCAAAGUUUUUUCCAAAUUGUUCCAUCAUGGAGGCAACAGAGUGCCAUUCGGGUUCAUACGCAUGGAGGAGUAUUUUAGUUGGUAGAGAGGUGCUUAAAGAGGGCAUGAGAUGGAGGGUGGGCUCGGGUGCAAAGAUUAAAGUAUGGUCCGACCCUUGGCUGCCUUCAGAAUUCCUUCCAUAUGUCAUUUCCCCACCAGCCAGGGGCUUUGAAGAUAUCACAGUGUCAAGCCUUAUCAACCAGGAUCCAGUCUCUUGGAACAUGCCUUUGCUACAUGAUCUUUUCCACUCAAGAGACAUCUCCUUGAUUAAGUCUAUUCCACUAAGCAACUUGGCAGUAGAAGACAAGCUCUUUUGGCCCUUUACUCCAUCGGGCUUGUACUCUGUUAAGUUAGGGUACCAUUUUCUUUGCAAAGCCAAAAGCCUAGAUGACAAUUCUUACCAACCAGAAUUGGAUGGUAUAUGGGAGAAGGUGUGGGGGUUAACAAUGCAGCCAAAGAUUAGAAAUUUUCUGUUGCGUGCAAUCAAAGACACCAUCCCGACUAAAGCAAACCUUAAACGGACAUUUGAGAGGUUCAGGGACUUAGUGGAAUUCAUUAUUGAAGACGGCUUGGACUUGGCAAGCUUUGCUACUACUGCAUGGAUGAUAUGGCAUAGGAGGAAUGCUUUGAGAACCACCAGCAAGCCCUUCUCGAUCCAGCAAGUGCUCCCUGAGGUGCGGGCAGUCCGAGCUGCCUAUGUCUGCUCCAUUCCGCCUAAACCCCCUCAUCCACCCUCUAGAGCUCCAGAACGGAUCAUCUGGAAACCUCCACCCUGGCCGAGACACAAAGUAAACUUUGACGGAGCUGUGUUUAGGGAGGACGAUUCAGCAGGUGUUGGUGCUGUGAUCCGGGAUGAGAAGGGUUUCAUGGUGGCUGCAAUGGCGGAAAAAAUUCCACUCCCCUAUUCGAUCACUGCACUUGAAGCUCUUGCAGCAAUAAGGGCUCUGAGAUUGGCUGGGGACAUUGGUCUUGAGUCUUUCAUCCUAGAGGGGGAUUCCAAGAUCACUAUUGAUGCUUUAGCAGGAAAUAUCGUGGAGCAUGCUGAGUUUGGUAAUCUGUUUGAGGAAGCUAAGUGGUUGGCAAGUCAGUUUGGUGAUGUGAGUUUUAAUCAUGUAAGGAGACAGGGCAAUGGUGCCACGCAUAACAGUGCUAGACAUGCAAGACAUGUUAGCGAGUAUACGGUGUGGAUGGAGGAUGUUCCUCCACAUCUUUCUACUAUAAUUCAAGCCGAGUUGGCGUAUUCUUUAUUUUUGCUGAUAUUGAAGGUUGAGCUACAGUUUGAUGUUUCUAUCAUGGAUUCAAUGGAGCCUACACAACCUGAUGUUGCCACUGCAAGACCAACUAUGAGACCUCCUCAUCCACCGCAGGUGAUAUCUUCUUCUAAUCCUAAUAAGAGAAAAUCACCAUCAUCGGCUUGGGACCACUUUGAGAAGUUUAUAGAUGAGGAAGACCCAUUGUCCAAGGAUGUAGAGGAGGGAAAUCUAGUGCAUAGGACUUUUACAAAUGUUAUGGGUAGAAAAGUUCUUGCUGAGAUGAUAAUAUUGGAUGAGCUUCUAUUUAGGUUUGUAGAGAAUCAAGGAUUUAGAAGGUUUUGUAAUGUCUUCCAACCUAAUUUUAGUAUCCCAUCUCGCUUCAUGAUAGAAUAUGAAGAUCUUGAUUAUAUUCUACACUUUCGGGAUGGGGACUAUGAUAGGAGACCUCCAAAUGAGGAUGAUUGGGAGACUUGUAGAAAAUUUGUUAAGUUUUUGAACUUUUUUAUAAUGCCACAAAGAGGUUUUCAGGUUCCUUGUAUGUGA